AUGUUCGAGACGCUGGUGACGGGGCUGCUGACCAGCGCGCUCGGAAACUACAUCGAUCCUAAAUGUUUCAGCAGUGACAAAAUCAACGUGGCAGUGUGGUCGGGCUACGUGGUGCUGACGGAGCUGGAGGUGAAGCCCGAUGCUGUGGCGGAUCUGCCUGCUAUCAAGCUCGUACGUGGUCUCGUCGGCUCCAUCGAGCUAAAGAUCCCGUGGAACCGGCUACAGUCCGACUCGGUGGUGGCCACGGUGGACGAUGUGUACUUGCUGCUGCGCACGGAGGAGGAUAUCGACGCCGUGAUGCGACAGAUGGACGAGUUCACGCUCAAGAAGAAGGUACUCGAGGAGCUCUACGCACAGGCCAAGCAGCAGGAACAGACGGCCGAUGGAUCUGACACAGACAGAAGCGAGGACGGAUUCGCUGCCAGAUUAGUCAAUAAGAUCAUUGAUAACUUGGAGCUGCACAUUCGCCGUAUCCAUAUUCGAGUGGAGGACCACAGCUCGGGGGAGCAUCCGUUCGCCCUGGGACUCACGAUUGAGUCAGUACACGUGCAGUCGACAAAUUCAAACUGGCAACCGUCGUACGUGGACUCGUCCAAGAGCAACGAGCCGCGGAUUUUCAAAAUUGUGGAGCUCAAUCACUUGAGCGUGUACUGCGAUCCGGACUGUGAACUGCAGCGCGACCACAAAAUCGACUUUGAGACGUGCUCGGCGGAAGCGUUUUCCAGUGCAUUUAGCCGCUCGAUCCCGAAGCGGUUUGAUGACAGACACUAUCAUCAUAUGCAGCUGUACCCGGCUCCACAACAGCACCACUUUAUACUGAAGCCCAUUGAUGCCAGUGCGAGGCUGAUUGUGAACCGCGACGUGUUCGAUGCAAAUGUACCGAAGUUUGAGGUCGAUGUGAAUGUUUCUGAAGUGGCUUUUCGAUUGGAGGAGUCGCAGUACUGCGAUAUGCUGUACCUGGCGUCUGCACUGCAGAUUCCCGACCACUACACGAAGUACCAGCGGUAUCGGAAGUUUAGGCCGCAGGCAGCAGUGUUUGAUGAGCCUGUAGAAUGGUGGAAGUACGCGAUCACUUCAGUUAUGGAAGACAGGAAAAUGAAGAAGCAACAGUGGGCCUGGGGCUUUAUGAAGGAUCGGCGUGAGGAUCGAAAGCACUACGUGAGUUUAUGGCAGCAAAAAUCACGUCACUUAUUGGAGCUGGCAGACGUGGAUUAUCUGUCGUCUUUUGAGAUUGACUCAGGGCUGGAAAAGAUUGAACGGCGUCGGAGUGUGGGAGAUUUGUUGUUUUUUCGUUACUUAGCCGAUCUCGAGGUCCGAAAAUUCCAAGCCUUGAGUGCCACUGCUGUUCGACGCCGGUUGCCAACGCCUCCGACGCACAAACCUCAAGGAUUUUCGGAUACCGACUCGGUAGAUACGGAAUUCACCGAGUCUAGUGUGCCGGCCGAGGUUCGGUAUCGAUCAUGGGGUGCGUGGAUGUUUGGGUGGACGUCGAAGUUGGCUACGCCUUCUGCAGACGGAGACUCAGGCCAAACACCCCAACGGAUUAUCCCUGAAGUGGAGCUUCGAGAACUGUUCAAGAUAUUAGAAGAGCCUUCGCGGCGUUCGAAGAAGCGGAUGCACAAGCAUCGUGAUCUGGGUGGGCAGGAUGAUGCUUUUGAAAGUGAGUCUCAGAUGGAACUCAGCGAGCUUUAUCGAAUCACUGUGACUUUGCAGCGUGGAUCUCUCACCCUAGCAAGUGACCCAGAAACAAAUACAACGCUGCUCCGCGAUGACCCAAGCUACGGGCGAAAGUACGCUCCUACUGACUUCCUACUUGGGACUUUUUCUCAGUUGCAAGUGGCUGCAGUGGCGAAGGAUGAAACAGUGGUUGUGGAUGUGUCAUUGCAAUCUAUUGAGGCAUUCGAUGAAAGCGCAGAAAGCUCAGCAUUUUCUCGCCUUCUUAGUAGAAAGCAGAUCAUUCACUCGACUGGCGAUGGAGACGACGUCAACGUUAGCAAACUGUCUGGUGUUGUAUUCCUGAUGAGUAUUGAGAUAAAUCCGCCAAAUUCUAGCGCAGAUGCUUCAUUGUUUAUUCAUAUGGAGCCUCUGGAAAUCGUCUUGUCACCCACAGCACGGUGCUGGGGCCGCUUGACGAAGUUUAUGGACACUCCUGCGGGCUUGGAAUUAUGGGAAGAGCUAGAAGUCGCGUCAUUCAAUGACAUCGUCAAUUUUAAGACUCGGACCGAAGCUAAACUGGAUUACGUGAUGGAGAAUCGAAUUGCACUCGCCGUGGACCUCCGUAUUCAGGCACCAGUCAUCAUUAUCCCGGAGAGUGACACCGACUUUAACUGUGCUCGUCUCGUGGUUGAUCUAGGACGAAUUAAUUUUCGGACCGAUCGUCUUGGUCAAAUGGACAGUGAGCGUGUGAACAUGAGCUCGACUGGUGGCCCGCCAUCGAGUAGGUCGGGAUCAGGAUCCCUAACACUCCACAGUCCAUCUCAGUUCCGAGGUGUAAACUCGAACACGUCAUUUGUCCAGCAGUUAUAUGAUGAAGCGGAGAGGGGAGAGGGAGCUAUUCGCUGGAAGGAGGAGUUUUACGACAAAUUCAGCCUAUCUGUGGCUAACAUUCACGUGUUGUUGAUUCCUCAUGGGAAGACGAGUCGAGCUCAAGACAGUGAUGCUGGAAGCAGCGGAAUCAACUAUCCAUCGGCUUCCCUUCCGCCGUAUCUUGCGAAUAUUUAUGAUGAGGAGCAAGAGUACGAGUUAGUUGAGCGCUUCAACAUCAACGUCACCGUUCGAAUGUCAAUUCUGCCGCUUGAUGCGACCCUGACACGAUUUUACGUCCAUGCAGACCUCCCAGCGUUAACGUUCAAUUUGUCUCUCGAAAAGUACUUCCAGUUGGUAACUCUGACUGAUCGCUUCAGCUUGGCAAACGCUGAGCUACCGAAAAAGUCACAGAAGUUCUCGGAUGGAGGGUUGUAUUCGCUAGAUGAAGUUUAUGGAAAUGCUCAUGCGGGUAUGUUAAAUCCGGACGACAGAUAUGAGGCCAUGAGAAGUGGGAGUUAUCUCAGCACGUCAGCACUAAAGCAGUUCGUGCUCAAUGAUACCGAAAGCUCCCCGCCAUCUGUUACAGGUGCAUCGCCUGGUGAUGCAAGAGACUCGGACGAAAAUUCGAGCGUUGAAAGUGACGACACGUGGUUUAGCAUCACUAGUGGCAACCUGGAUCAAAAUGCUUUCGCUAUCAGUAGCGUUUCUUCACGAUCAGAGAGGAGAAGUCGAAAGAGACCUCGGCCAGAUAUGCCUGGCGGAACAACGAAGCUUCUCGAUCGACGAUUAAUGGUGUGCUCCUUCACUAUUCCUCUGAUAUCGGUGGAGCUGAAGAAGCCUCGGUCUUCUGCAGUGUCUUCGUAUGCUUCCUACCGCUACGAUACGAGUGAUUUUGAUGAUGAUCCUACCGACAAUGGUUCCAUUCUGGUGAAGCUGCAAGGUUUUCGAAUCCGGGUUGGCCAAAAGACUUUGUCAACCCAAUUGAACAUGAGCUUGAUGUCGCUUGAGGUUGAAGACUUUAUUGAUGCUACUGGUCGGUCAACACAGUAUUUGCUGUUCUCGUGUCCGACGAUUGCUGCUCCGUUUUCGAUAAAAGCACCGUUGCGCCGAGGUGGGAAGUUUCCUGGUUACUCUACCCAACGCCGGCGACCAACAAGGCAACGAGAACGAGUAAUUUCUUUCCGACCUGGUGGCACGAAAGGAAGCGAUGGGUCGCGAUCGAGAGCACCAGAGACGUUGUUAGAACUUGGCUUCAGCUCCGUAAACGAUCAAAAGAGCGGUAAAGAGGUACUCCGGGACGUGGAUGUUCAACUCGGCUCGGUGCAAUUCAACUUCGACCAGUCAUACGUCUGCUCACUAUUGGAUUUGUUCGAGGAAUCAUCUUCUCAACUUGCUCUGCUCACACCAACUAUUAAGCAAGAGUACCCGAUGUCGGUAAACCUGACGGAGUCUGUUCGUGCAGAUCUGGAGCUGGCCAGAAAGAAUCUGUUUGAGCAGCGACCGAAUGAUCGUGAAUCACCCACGCUGGACGGUGGAAGAAACCGUGCUCCUGUCGCGCUGAAACUGGGUGUCCGACUCCACUCAGUUUCUGUAUGCUUCUCCGAUCGUGGAGAAUCUGUAGCGUCCGUUGCGGUUCUUGAUUCCCGAGUUCAGGUUGGCACAGGGGAGGCGAGUCAGAUAAAUGUGUCGUGUUUGAUCGGCGAUGUGAAAGUGUUUGAUCUAUCCUCAAAGAAGCUUCAAGAUGAUGAUUUUGGGAUCAGUGGCGCUGCAAUGCGCGGGUUUGAGACCUCAUCAUCAGACUACAUAGAGAUAUUUGGAUUGGAUACUUCUGCGGUGUUUUCGACGGAUGAAACGAGUCCUCUGUUGAGCGGCGACCACCAUGAUAAAUCCAGCCUUUGCUUGUCAGUGCAACCUGUUCGUCUGCUAGCACAACCCGAAUUUGUGGAAAGUCUUGCAAACUAUGUUGUUGAUGGACCCCUCCGAACCCGCUUUCAGCCGAAGCAUGCUGAUUUGGGAGAAGAACGCGAGCAUAAGCGCACAGUCUCGUUGGGCUCCGAGUUUCAGUUAGCUCCACGUUUUUCUCCGGUUUCUGAUCAGCCGCCAGGUAGUGUGACUCCGUUUUUUGAUGCCGUGGAUGCCUCGAACCGGGAAGCUAGACAAUUCAACUUUGAAGCCAACCACUGCAAUGAUUCUGCAGAGGGAAACGGCGUGGCGUUUAUCCUUGCCGGCAUUCUUGACAACUAUGACCUGGACAUCAAGCUCUUUCACCCGCAUAUUGUCCUUCCCUCGACUCAUAUACAAGUGUCGCUGCAAUCGCAGCCGUACCGAGGUAUCGUAUUAGACUUCGGGACGAUAGCAAUAACAUUGCGGCGGGAAGUGUCUGAAGCUUUACGUGGGGCUCCUGAACGUGCACCGUACCAAGCCACUGUUGCUGUUAACAGCUUACAGAUUACCUCCCUUGCGGACCAAACUGCAAUCCUUGACCGAUCGGGCUUCCAAGUGCGAUGCAAUGUUCCUGCGCUGGCGCUGGAAAAGAAUCUUGACGAUGGAGAACACAGAAGCGCCGCUGGAGGUAUUGCUGUAGAUGUGAAUGUUUACCCUGUCUGCAUCAAUGUCAGCGAAACGAAUGUGCAGUUGACGCUGGAAGUCUUUUACGAAGCGAUUAUUCCGGUGUUUGAUACCGUGCAAGGAGUACUUCAUCAGAUUGAAAGCUCUGAGGCCGCUGUUUUGGAAUCUGCGGCUGUUGAUUCGGCGAAAUGGGGGCAACUAACAGUUGACUUCUUUCUUGAAGAAUUCAAGGUUGCUCUUAUCUCGUAUUCGGAGGCGCCUCACCAAUUUGAGACGUGGAUGAAAAGUGUACUUGAUAUCCCUGACGAGAUAUCGUCACGUGAGAGCAGUGGUGGAGCUUCAUCUGCAACUCUGGGACGCGCGUAUCCGCAGCAUUUUAUGGGGCGGCGAGGGAGUUUUCCGAACGAGAUUCCGUGUUGUGUGAUUGGUGAGCUUGCUUUGGUUGCGUUCGGGGCAAACGUGACUCUGAGUUUGAAGGAUACUCCCUUGGACAACAGCGAAGCACAGGUUCAAUGUGAAUUUUCUUUACAAGAAGCUGUCAUCCGUGACAAAAUUGCUGAUUCCAAGGAGUUCUUGACUCACUUAUUUGGGCCUGUCCCUGGAGAUAGUUUGGAACGCACAGAUUCUCGUACUUCUAUUGCGUCUGAUAACUCUUCGUUUUCGUUUUUACCGCGGGAUGAAGUGUUUCCAGCAUUACUCCACCCUUCAGCGUCGCAAUUGUCAAGGCUAGACGUAUCGUCAUCGCAACUGAGUGGGCGAUUACUGAGCAAACAGUGCGAUGCAGGUGAGAGCGGAUCUGCUGUCACGAUGAAUUCCUUGGAACUAUCUGUAUCGUCGGCGCGCUUCGUUCUUCUUCCGCGAACAAUGCUCCGACUGGAGCACUUUGUGCUUGACGUGUUCUUGGCGGCUAACAAGAAAUGGAGCGAACUGGAGCUGCAACGAGAUGAGGCAAUGGCUAAUAAUCCUAGAGUUGGGAAUGCUGCAUUCGGUGAUGCUGAGCCUGAGGAUAACCGAGGGCAGGAAACGCGCUUUUCUGUGCCCCCCCUCCGACCAAGAACUGACAGCAUAACUGAGUCGCUGAAAGACGAUCUCAAUGCAGUUCGAUCUGCAUUUAUGUCUCCGUUGCAGCGCAUGUUGAGUUCGACCAGCGCGAAAGAUGGCCGCCCACCUGAAAGUUUCACAUCUCGUGUGAUUGCAGAGGAAACAGGAUGCGCAACGUCUCGGCUUGUGAUCCCGCAAUGGAAAGUUGAUGCACGAUUCUCAAAUUUGCAGCUAUGGUUGGUAUCAACGGAUCGCAAGACAGACGUGGCUGGAUGUGUGCUUUCCAGUGCAUUUGUCGCUAAGUUUGACAGCGCGCUUGAAGGAGGUGAAUUAUCGAGCUCUUCGGAAACUUGUGACCUUGUGGCGGCGUCAGUUCGGUUAAACAAAGUAGAGGUACUGGUUGGCUCGCCGGCGGCCAGCGAUGCCGAUCAACUGAAGCCAACGCAUCACACAGGAACGCUGGUCGAGAGCUUCGAAGUCGAUGUGCAAUUCGCUCUUCACCAGUGCUUUCGACCUACACUUGAAGAGGCCAUCGACCCGGAGAGCAAUGAUGAAAACGCUGGCUCGAAGAAUUUGCCGGAACUAUUUCUUCGAGACGUUCCAUCAGAGUGGCAUCAGUGGAUUCUUAGUGAGCCGACUGUGCGUAUUGACCAGAUCAGUUCACAUAUUGCGUACCGAGACCUACCGCUGUUGUUGAAGAUUGCUGCGAGCUUGACCAGUAUGCUGGGUGCAGAGAAAAAGAUUCGCAAUACUUUCAUCGCGCGACUGAAAGCAGCGUCGGAUGACCUCGACUGGCCCGAUUUACCGGAUGCGACAGGGGAUUAUUCUGAAUAUGCUCACUACUUCGGUAUUCAAUUCCGAUUGAUUAACAACAUCGUAGACCAGGCGUCACCAGUUGUCGAGCUCAACUCGAAGGAUAUUGAGUUUCUCCUCCGAGUAGAGUCAAACUCGAUGACAGAAGUCAUCGCGUGUUGCAAAGCUGAAGCGAAGUACCAAAAUCUGCGUCUUGUAACGAUGGAGCCACUUGUAGAACCUUGGAGCGUUAAGAUGGCGCUUUCCCAGCAACAAUUACGCAUACGCAGUUUGGACGAUAAGGAGCUGCUAACACAGUCACCUUGGAAGCUGGACAUUUCAUCGGAUGUAUUUCUUCAACUGAAUUUGACUGAUGCGCUGAUUGCCAAUCUGGUGGCUGCGGACCGAGCUUGGCGAUGGGUUGUCAACGCUGGUGGCGAUUCACGCGAAAUGACCGAGUAUUCCACGUACUGGAUCCGAAACAAUACUGGAAUGCCUUUACGCUAUUGGGGUGCGUCAUGCAACGAACAUUUUAUCGCUCCUGGUCAAGAGGAGCCACUCCGUUUCAACAAACUGGAACCGGACAACGAAACAAGAGAAGGUAGCAGAAAACGCCGAAAAGGUGCGCGACGCAAUCCGCACGUUAGCGAGCGCCAGCUCUUUAUUGCCGUCGAGGAGGAGUAUCCAAGCGACAGCUUGUCCAAUAUUUCAAGGAAAUGGCAAAGUGAAGCACCUAUUCCAGUUGACCAAGUUGAUUCGCGUAUGUAUGCUCUAGUGGACUUCGAAGCGGAUUUUACGGCAACUCGAAUGAGGAAGUGUGAGUGCGUCAUUGACGUGCUUGUUGAGCGUGGAUGCAAAUAUUUUGUGGUGCGCUCGACACUGAAUUUGGAGAACCAAACGUCUUCCGACCUAGAAGUCGAGUUUGUUCCUCCUCAGCGCCGUUCGCUGAGAGGAGGGGUUACCUCACAAGGGAUUACUUUGCCGAUCUGGAAGAAGGUGGUCAAGGCUUCGUCUGUUGUUCCUGUUCCGGUGCAUAUUGUGUCAUCCGGUGAAGGAUACGUGAUGGUGCGUCCUCCAGAGGUCAAGGCGACCGAUGGUGGAGAAGGCAGCGGAUUACUGCCAAAGGCCUACGCUAAAGAACGGGUGCAACUCCCGCUAUUCGACCGAGGGAGCUCUUCUGCUAACGAGACCAUGACGCAGAUGGAAACCGAUGAAUCUGGUCAAGCUCAGUGCACGAUCAAAUUUCGACGAUUGUAUAGCGAUCGCCCUGUGCGUCCAUUCAUGAUGAACGUGUGCCUCUCUAACGUGAGUAGUGCACUGUACCACCGAACGCUGUCUUUCCACCCGCCGCUGAUCGUGCAUAAUCUAACAGCCGGGCCGCUAGAUUUCUGCUUGGCAACUCCAAAUGAUUGGUCGCCUGCAGUGGAAGCUGUGACGCUGACGAACGCUGCAAUGAACGCCGGAUGGGAAACUCGCGAGCAGCGUCUGCGUGAGCGAGGAACUAUCAACGUUGCCGAUUCGCUAAUUUGGCACGUGUCGAGUGAGGAAACGCCUCUCGAACUGAGUGUCCGAAUGAAGGGAUUCGACUGGAGCGAGCCGCUCGAGCUCGUGGAAGAUUUAGGCGAUGUUGUCCGGAUCAAGAUGAAAGAUCUCGUGAGUGACGCACACCUUUAUAUUACUGCAGAAAUUCGGAUGAGCAGAGGUCACUGUCGUGAGCUGUUCCUAUAUGUGCCUUACUGGAUUGUCAACCUGACGGGCCUGAAACUGGAAUACGAAUAUGAGGAAGAACGGAUGGGCCGCGAGCACUCUACCGCUUUGCUGGCAGGGCAGAAGCGACUAGAUCGUGACGAGAUUCUACUGAAAGAGAACCAAAGAGCCAAGGCGACCCGGCGAGAUCGCAAUCCUCAUCUUCUUGGCCCUAACAAAAGACGACAUCCGAGACUUCUGCCAAGUGUGCCUCCUGUAAAGGGCUUGCUGGAUCUUCUCCCGAAGACCAUCGAGUAUGAUCCACGUAGUCUUGGGCAACUGGAAGUUCUGCAAACGUGCCAUUCCGACUACACGAUGGACCGUGGUUGCGUCCGUUUACGAGUCAGCAACGAAAGAGAUGCUGCGGCUUUGGAUGCGAGAAAGGAGAGUGGACAACGGAAAUGGUCUGACCCCUUUGUGUUGGACCAAGCGGGUACGAUUGGUGAGAUUCAAGCAGAUGACUUCGGAGCAAACAAAAGGUUUAGCAUCGGCUACUCGAUAACUCCAGCAAAGGGCGUGUAUUCACGAACAAAGGUAAUCAUGCUGACGCCGCGGUUCAUGCUGAUCAACACGAUGGGUAGUGCAGUCGAGGUGUGUCAUUCGUCGUCUAAGAUGAUGACUCCAUCGGUGAUUGACAUGGCCAAUGCCAGUGGCUCCAUGCCGAACUCCCGAGUGAUGUCUCCUGUAAAUCCUGUAGUCCAGCUAGAAGCUGGAGCGUUUGCCGACUUCCACUGGACACUUCGCUUCGCCAAGACGCGCACGAUUCGUUGUCGCUUUGCAGAAUAUGGCUGGUCAUGGAGUGGUGCCGUUCCUUUAGUGGAGUCUGGCGAAUACGCUGUUCGUAUGCGUCACGAGUCGACCCGGGAAAGCAAACUUGUGCGCGUUACCCUGAAGCUAGACUCAUCGUGUAUAUGCGUGUACUUCCGAGAAGAACGUACGUCUGCGCCGCCGUAUCGAGUGGAAAACUAUUCGUUGGAAACGCUUCGAACGCACCAACACCGUGUGCGCCGCAGUGAGAUUUUAUUGCCUCACCACAGCCUGGAUUAUGCGUGGGACGAACCUACCGAAGAACGUUUGCUUGUCGUCGAUAUGCUUCCGUCAGCAGCUGGCGACAACAGUCGGCCUUUGCGCAUUGGAAGCUUCGACCUGGAUAAAAUCCAGCGUUACUCUGAUGCACUUGGCGGCACUCUGGGCAUUGAGAUCUCCACGGAUGGACCAACUCGCGUGCUACGUUUCACUGAUACGCGAUUACGUGGGGAGAAGGCUGCACCAGCCAAUACCCAAGUGUCUAACGAUCAGUCAGCAAAGACUGAAGCGACUGAGAGCAGCGCCCUGCAGCUACUUCAACGCUUUGUUACAGCUCCUACCAUUCAGGCAGCGCUACGCCUGCAAGGUGUCGGUCUUUCGAUCGUCGACAGUGUUCCAAAAGAGCUGGUGUACAUGUCGGUCUCUGGAAUUGCACUAGAGGUUCUUGUCUCUGAAGUUGAACGGAACAACAACGGGGCAUCUAUCGCAGGAAGCGCUGCGUCGUUGUCACGGCUCGAGCGCGAGACCCAGCCACGAAUUCUUGCAUGCUGCCUUGAGGUGAACGACGUCCAAGUUGACAACCAGCUGCAAGUAACUCCGUAUCCUGUGCUUCUUCGCUUCUCGAAUCCAAGCGGUAGAUCUCGAAUUGUGAAUGGACAAACGGUAAACAUUCCUGUGCUCCAGGUGGGCCUCGUGAAGCACGACGAGUAUGCCGGCAUCGAAUUUAUCAGGCAUUUCAGCGUCAGUGUUUUGCCGGUGCACAUUCGCGUGGACGGUGCGCUGCUCUAUCAGAUACUCCCACUUUUGGUGCACGCCAAAAUUUAUGGCAGCAGCGGAAAUGCAGACGCGGCGGCCAAAAAGCGAGCUGUUGUGUUGAUGAACGGCGUCAGUAGCAACGACCAGACCACUCGAGCUGCGCACAGCCAUUUGCUACUAAAUGACUUCAAUUCCAGUCUGGAAAUACCGGUGAAGGUGCUCGAGGUAGCCCAGAAAGACGGCACCACGUCGGCGGGACCUACUUCUGGACCGACAACGCCUACGAUGAAAAUGAUUACGCGCAGAAACAGCGCUCAGCAGCAACAGCAACUGAUCAGCCCACGUCAUAAUCACCACACGGCUUUGGCUGCGGAGAUCCAGCGCUACACGGCUGUCAAGUACGGGACUCUUGGUGCUCUUGCUGCGAAGGAAGAGCAGACAAAGCUUUACUUCGAAGAGUUCCACAUCGACCCCAUUCGUGCUACAGUCAGUUUUUCGUUUGGUGACAGUGCCGGUGCCAUUGUGGACGGCCACUCGUCGUCACUGUCACAUGCUGCAGCAUUGACCGAUUCAUCGUCGUCGCGAGAAUCUUCUGUGAUCACGGUUGGCCCUCUUCGGCUCAUUUUGAAUGCUAUCGGAACAAGUCUGACUAAGAUCGCGAACGCCCCGUUCCAGCUGAAGGCGCUGCACAUUCACAAUUCCUUUGUCCAGCCCGAUGCGUUGGCUACACGAUUGGCGUCGCAUUACCAGAGUGAGGCGCUGCGUCAGGCUUAUGUCAUCCUGGGAAGCGUUGACGUGCUAGGCAACCCAAUGAUCGCAUGGAAGAAUUUGCGCAGUGGCUUCCAGGACUUCAUCUCGGAGCCAGCGCAUGGGCUUUCACAGCGAAGCCCACAGGCAUUCGCUUUCGGCGUGGGACGUGGUUCACUGUCGCUUGUGCGUGCGUCCGUGUACACCUUCCUGGAUUUUAACACGCGUAUUCUGACGGCCUUUUCGCUAGGUCUGUCAGAGGCUUGUUUGAAGCUGGACGACUACACUGGUUACCCCGCAACACGGCAUAUCUUCCAGGGUCUCGUGCAAGGUGUCUCAGGAGUCGUGGUGGCUCCAAUUCACUCGUUUGAGGUCAACGGCGCUCGUGGUGUGUUUCCUGGCCUGAUGGCGGGUGCAUUCGGUCUCGUGCUUAAGCCGCUUCUUGGCUUCUCUCUGGCGACAGCAACGACCGCGGCAACUCUACGCGAUGCCAUUGAUCCGAACACCAAGGCUCUACUUGUACGUGUCCGGCCGCCACGCCACAUCGAUCUGCGGACGAAGCGACUUAAAGUCUAUUCGUAUGUGGAGUCGUUGGGUGAGGAGAUCGUGGGCAAGAUCCGCGGCGGUCGGUAUCGUGCAGAUGGAUAUCUGGGGCAUGUCGACCUCAAGGCGACUCACCAGUGCUUUUUGGUAACUCGUAAGCGGAUCUUGUUCCUCAAUGUGAAGGGCACAGCUUCCGCCCAAACGACCAAGUACGAAGUGGAGUGGGAACUGUUAGCUGAAGAAGUGGUGAUGGUGGAUUGCUCCAGGACGCCAGACGAACAGAUUGUUACCAUUUAUUACAUGGAAGACGAGUUCCGCACAGCAAGUGGUGCGGGGAGAAGUGCAUCUGCAGCAAACGGAUCUAAUGCCAUGACCACCAGCCGUCGACGGACAACAGGUACACCACGUGGAAUGUUUUUGCAGAAGCACGAGGUGGCGCUGCCGGACACGAAGGUUCUGUUUGUUCGGGCCAUGUUGCAGCAGCAGGAGCGCUCCUUGCUGACGAAGAUGAAUUGCAACACGAGGGAUGGCUCACCACACCAUGCGCCUGCAGUGGCUAGGACAAGCUCGAUAGAGUUGAACACACCGUGGCAGCCUCAACACUCGUAUAUGCCGUUGGAGUACCCGAUUUUCCGUCUGCCGCCAUCACUGCACCACACUCGCAGUUUCGCAAACCUUGCGCAGAUGUCGCCGUCACACAAUCAAUAG